AUGGAGUUUUUAACCUUUUCUCCAGAGAACCACUGCUUUUCAGAAUUACUCGACGGCAGCGACGGGGAUGAAGAGGAAAUACUUGUCUGUGGAGAAGAUUUAGAGCUUAAUCCUUUUGAUGGCUUGCCUUACUCCUCCCGUUAUUAUAGGCUGAUGAAAGAGAGAGAAGAGCUUCCAAUAUGGAAAGAAAAAUGCACUUUCAUGGAAAGUUUGCUUCAUAAUCAAAUUGUGAUUGUGUCAGGAGAUGCUAAGACUGGCAAGAGUUCCCAGGUGCCUCAGUGGUGUGCUGAGCACUGCCUGGCCCUGCGGCCCCGCGGGGCCGUGGUGUGCACGCAGGUGCUGCGCCAGGCCGCCGUGGCGCUGGCCCUGCGCGCGGCCGACCAGAUGGACGUCAACCUCGGCCACGAGGUCGGCUACUCCGUGCCCUUCGAGAGCUGCUGCACGGCCGAAACCAUCCUGAGGUACUGCACGGAUGAGAUGCUCCAGAGGGAAAUGAUGUCCACGCCCCUUCUGAACAGCUAUGGUGUCAUUGUCUUGGACGAUGUGCAUGAAAGGACUGUGGCAACAGAUGCCCUGCUGGGCCUUCUGAAAGAUGUCUUGGCAGCCAGAGCAGAGCUGAGGCUGGUGCUCCUCACUGUCCCCCAGAUGUGCAGCACCCUGCAGGGCUUCUGCGGCCGCGUCCCCGUGAUCCGAGUGCGGGGCAGGCACCGCGCCGAGGCCGUGUUCUCCUGCAGUGCCCACCAGGACCCCUUCUCCUCUGCUCUGAGGCUGCUCCUGGAGAUCCACCACACCAAGGAGAAGGGGGACAUCGUCGUCUUCCUGGCUUGUGAGCAAGAAAUUGAAAAAGCUUAUCAGAUGAUCAGGCAGGAACAAUCCAAUUUAAACCCUGACCUUGGAGAACUCAUCCCCAUCCCUUUAUACCCCACCAAACAAGACCUGACUCCCAAAGUAACUCAAGACAAGCAGAAAUGCUGCAGAAAAUACAGGAGGAAAGUGCUACUCACCACCAGCUCUGGAGAAUCUUUGAUCUGGACUAAAAACGUGACUUUUGUCAUCGAUGUUGGUGUGGAGAGAAGAAAGGUGUACAAUCCUAGAAUCAGAGCAGACUCUGUUCUAACCCAGCCUAUCAGCCAAAGUCAAGCAGAGGUGCAUAAACAAAUUCUGGGCAUGUCUCCAUCAGGGAAAAUCUUCUGCUUGUAUCCUGAAGAAUUUACAUACAAGGAAAUGAAGCCACAAAUUCCAGCUAAAGUUCAGGAAUCCAACCUCACCAGCUUGGUCCUGUUCCUGAAGAGGAUGGACAUAGCAGGCUUUGCACACUGUGACUUCAUCAGCAGCCCAGCUCCUGAAAGCCUGAUGCAGGCUUUGGAAGAUCUGGAUUAUCUGGCAGCGCUGGACAACGAUGGAAACCUCUCUGAAUUUGGGAUUAUUAUGUCAGAAUUCCCCCUGGAUCCUCAGCUGUCCAAGUCACUGCUGGCUUCGUGUGAAUUUGAGUGUGUGGAUGAGAUGCUCACCAUUGCAGCCAUGGCCACAGCUCCCAGCUGCUUCCUGCACGCCCCUCCUGGCACAGAGGAGAUCGCUCGGAGCCGCUGGCGCCGCUUCUCCCACCCUGCAGGAGACCACUGCACCCUCAUCAGUGUCUUCAACGCCUUCAAGGCAGCCACUGCCAACCCCACACAGCCAGACUUCAGCACUGAGAAAUGGUGCCGUGAAUAUUUCCUGAGCUGCUCUGCUCUGAGCAUGGCGGAGAUGAUCAGAGCCGAGCUGGUGGAGAUCAUGAAGCGCAUUGAACUUCCCAUUUCAGAACCAGACUUCGGAUCAGAAGAAAAUCUACUAAGCAUUAAGAAAGCUCUUUUAUCUGGGUACUUCAUGCAUAUUGCUCGUGAUGUGGAUGGCUCAGGGAACUAUUUAAUGUUAACACACAAACAAGUGGCCCAGCUCCACCCCUUCUCAUCCUACUACAACAGCAGGAGGAUUCCAGAGUGGGUUUUAUUCCACGAGUUCAGCAUCUCAGAGGGCAAUUCCAUCAGAGUUGUCUCCGAGAUCUCCCCUCAUCUAUUUGCAGAGCUGGUACCUCAGUAUUAUUUCAGCAAUCUUCCUCCAAGUGAAAGCAAGGAUAUUCUGCAGGAAAUGAUCGAUCACUUGGCACCUGUUUCAGCCAAAAAGGAGGAACAGAAAAUUGCCAAUGACAGCAAAGAAAAUGAGGAAUUUCCCCAAACUCCCACUGAGCAGAGAUGUGUUAUUCAGUGA